UAAGACAGCGGCUCCCUUCGCUCGCUUCAGUUUCACAGAACACUGAAAAGGAAAAAAAAGGAAAAAAAAAAACAGAGGAGAGAGAAAGAGAGAGUGGAGGGGAGAGAGAGAGAGAGAGUGGAGAGAGAGAGUUCUCUCCAGCAUGCAAACUUCAAGUCGACCCAAAAAAAUUUCCACUUUUACUCUUACAAAUCUUCUGAAUUACCAUUGUGCGUCGUCUCUCUCACACCCCACCACGAAUUUCUCUCAAAGUUUGAGCUUUGUCGUCCAUGGCCGUAUCAGACGUGGAAGCAGUGCUCGAAUUCCUCAGAAAAAAUGGAUUUUCAGAGGCAGAGUCCGCUCUCAGAAGGGAUGUGGUCGAAAAAUCCGAAUUGGGUUCUUUUGAUUUUGAGAAAUUCUUCUUCCCCAUGGUCCCUCCUCCACCUCCGGUCAGAAUUCCGUCCACUUCCCGGAAAUUGGCCUCUCUUGCCACCGGUGACGGCGACGGCGACCAUCAUUCUAGAUCGAACUCUGUUUCCUCCGACGACGAAUUUGUCAGCUUGAGGUCUUCUACCUCCGACGUUUGCUCUUCUGAAUUCAUCAAUCCGUAUGGUAUUCCAUCAGAUUCUUCUUCAGAUAUUGCCUCCCAGUUCGACACGGCCCGGGAUUACCACGAAUUCGAUUUGCGAAAUGAUCUGCUUUGGUACGAUGAGAAAGAGGAUGUGAAUUUCAUGACACCCUCCUUUGAGGGUCAGGAUUUCUUUGGCUGUCCAAGUGAGGAUAAGUUUAUAAUGACAACUGAGAGAGAUGAGCAAUUUAGUAGCUCGUCAGCUCCAGAGAAGUCGAUUCUCUGUCGUGGAGCUCCCUCGAGCGAUGAAAGUUUGAUCGAGGUCACGGAUCAUCCUUAUCGUGUCGAUAGAUAUAAGCAACUAGAAGGAGGCUUUGAGGGGUUGUCUCAGGGUUGUGGUGCAUAUAGUUGUUCAAUCCCUUUCUGCAAAUGCUGUGAUACCAAUGGAGAGUUCUAUAGCCAGAAGUCUGCAGAUUGUAGUUAUCUGAAUCCAAGUUUUAACGAAUCCGAUUCCAAUGUUUUCCACUUGAAAGUCAUUAAAGACAUCACCGCUAACUGUGAUUUAGCUCCUUGUCGAGAUUAUUCGACUGAAAUACAUUCUACAUCUAACUUCCUUGAAGGGUUUGAAGAUCAGAACGACUCCGAAAAUAAGGUCCUCGAGAAAAGUUCUACACUUAAGGAAACCAAUAGCACUAAAGUCGGAAGUCAUGGGGAAGUAGAGGAUGAAGAACAUGAAUCCAAACCAGUUGCAGACAGAGAUGGCGUUGCUGCCGACGAGCUUCUGAUGUGUAAUAUCAACGAGGAUGAAUUCGAAGUAUUUGAUCUGAGAAUUAUACAUAGAAAGAACAGGACUGGGUUUGAAGAGAGCAAGGAUUUGCCUAUUGUGCUAAAUACAGUCCUUGCAGGCAGAUACUAUGUAACCGAGUACCUCGGAUCGGCCGCUUUUAGUAAGGUCGUUCAAGCACACGAUCUGCAGACGGGAAUAGACGUUUGCCUGAAGAUCAUUAAAAAUGACAAAGAUUUUUUUGACCAGAGCUUAGAUGAAAUCAAACUUCUAAAGCUUGUUAACAAACACGACCCAGCAGAUCAGUGCCACAUUUUGCGGCUUUACGACUACUUUUAUCAUCAGGAACAUCUCUUUAUUGUUUGCGAACUACUUCGAGCAAACUUAUACGAAUUUCAAAAAUUCAAUCAAGAAUCCGGUGGAGACGCUUAUUUUACAUUUCGCAGGUUGCAGAUCAUUACACGCCAAUGUUUGGAGGCAUUGGAGUACUUGCAUCAUUUGGGGAUCAUUCACUGUGAUCUAAAGCCAGAAAACAUUCUUAUUAAGAGUUACAAAAGAUGUGAGAUUAAGGUUAUUGACCUCGGAAGCAGCUGCUUUCAGUCGGAUAACUUGUGCCUAUACGUGCAGUCUCGAUCCUAUAGAGCUCCCGAAGUGAUUCUCGGCCUCCCGUACGAUCCAAAGAUUGAUUUGUGGUCUCUUGGUUGUAUCUUGGCUGAGCUAUGCUCUGGAGAAGUAUUAUUUCCAAAUGACGCAGUUGUUAUGAUCCUUGCCCGUAUGAUCGGAAUGUUUGGUCCCAUUGACAUGGAGAUGCUGCUAAAAGGACAGGAUACACACAAAUACUUCACCAAAGAAUAUGAUCUUUAUUAUAUGAAUGAGGAGACUGAACAAAUGGAAUUCAUCAUCCCUGAAGAGUCCUCCUUGGAGAAUCAUCUGCUGGUUUCCGAUGCCGGGUUCAUUGAUUUUCUUACAAACUUACUCGAAAUUAAUCCCGAAAGACGACUAACUGCAGAGGAAGCCCUGGCACAUCCAUGGCUUUCGCAGUCGUACGAAUAACCAUUCUCAUCAAAUUCUUUGAAGGCAGAUUCAUUACCCACCAAAUAAAUUAAAGAAAGUAAUAAGAAGAAGAGGGAAAAAGAGUUGGCUUCAAGUUUUGCUUUUCAUACAUGUAUAUGCAUGGAGGUUUGUUGAAUUUGUAUAUUUGUGUCUUUUUCGAGUACAGAUGGAGGAAACCCCUUUUUCAAUUUUUUGUUUUUUUUGUACAUUUCUGAAGAAUUUUUGGAACUGAUUUGAUUCAAUGAGUUUGAAACUUGUCAAUUUAGUGAUACAGAAUAGAGCUUUAAUUGGAAAUGAAAUUAUGGUUUA